UGGCUUCUACAUCAACAAACUAAUGUCGGCAAACUUUAAAUGGAAAAUGUUAUGAUUUUAUGGUGUUAAAUGCGAAAAGAUGCAGUGUAUUAGUAGUUGGAGAUAAAAACCAGUGAUUCGUAGUAUUUUCGUGCUGUGAAACGUAGAUCUGUUCUCGAAAUUAAAGGCGCCAUGUUCUCAUGCCAAGCCCAUUAUUUUAGUAUUUUUUUAAUUGUUUGUGUUUUCUCGAAAUAUUAUGUAAAAUGUAACGCCGUUGAUCCUGAGGACGACGAAAGGGCUGUAACAAUAGAAGUAUUAAAUUAUAACCCAAACCAGUUGCCUUUUGGUGGAAAUGUGACGAUAAUUUGCAAGUCUGAAUGGAUUGACAGCUUUAUUUUGUGGACAUUUUGUGAAAAAAAUAUCACUGAUGGGGAAAAUGGGUUUAAACUUGAAAUGGAGAGCGAAAAUAUUAACACGCAAUCGGGUAAAAAAUCAGAAGUGUCAAUUUUGCAUAUUGUGAACCUGGAUCUGAAACAUAUAGGAGAAUAUACUUGUCACAGUACACACAAAAACGAGCUUGACUUAGACUUUUGUAAAAUAACAUUGAAUGUAACUCUGCCUGCACAAAUAGUACAAAUAUCACCUCCAAUUCAUACAAAACUCCACAAAGACAUCGAGUUGUAUUGCGUCAUUGAAGGAUAUCCUCUCGAGGAAAUAAAAUGGUUUAGAGAUAAUGAUUCAUUACCGGCUGAGCUGUGGUCAACAAAAACCCUAAACGACACUAGGAAAAACACAACUCUAACAAUCAAAGAAGUGACGAAAAAAGACAACGCGACUUACACAUGUGUGGCUUCAACCGGUCACAGUACUGCCAACGCAACUUCCGCUAUUCUAGUCCUAGACAAACCCCAAGUUAGUAUUGAAUUCGUCAAAGCGAUUGGAAUUGACAAAAUCUACUUUAACUGGACUGUUAAUGACGGCAACGACCCCGAAAACCUGCGCUACACCAUCCAAUACAUGUCAUCAGGCGACUCCACUUGGAUCUAUUUCCAGGAAGAAAUCGACGGGAAGAAACGCUCACAUGUCCUCAAGGGCAAUUUCAAAAACAACACCGAAUACAAACUGCGCAUCUUGGCCAAAAAUUCUGAAGGCAAAAGUCAGUAUUCCUACAGUGACCCGGUCCGCAUGUUGUCAGAAGAUCCGGUUUUUAUACCGGAAGUGAAAGUCACAGGAGUGACAGUAAGCUCAAUUACAAUCAGUUGGUCCACCCCAACGGAAGAUCUGAAAGACCACGUCCAGUAUUACACUCUUUAUUUAAAAACAAACAACUCGUCAUUUAAUGCAAUUCAUCCCGCUUCCAAGGAAAAUUACCACAUGUUUUCCGAGUUGGACCCCGCCACGACUUACUAUUUUCAAGUGGCUGCUUGUAGCGAGUAUAGUGGUAUUUGUGGGCCCCCUUCGGAAGUUGUCAAUGGGACAACAAUGGACGGCAUUUCCGGCCCACCCUUCAAACCCACAAUUCAAUGCAGGUUUGACAACAUCAGCCAAGUGUCAUUUGUUCACGUGACCUGGCAAGCACCAAUCAAACCUCACGGGAUCAUAAUCUCAUACAACGUUCAUUUAGAGGGCAGUGCGUCGUUUAUAAACGACCAAGGUUUGCUCGAGCACACCACGUGGGGUCCUAAAUUGAAAAGCGUCCGCGAAAACACCUUCAAUACAAGAUUUAACAACGUUUCGGCUAAUACCAACUACACUGUCAAGAUCAGUGGCGUAACACGUACCAAAAAGAACGGUGAAGCAGUCGAAUUGCACUGUACUAUGCCUUCGAUGUUACCCGAUAAACAAAAAUUGUCGCAAUUGUAUUGGUUGAAAAUGGAGGAGCAAGGAAAAUGGCUGUUUAAACUUCUUGUUCCUCGCGUUUCGGAACGUAACGGUCCGAUUUGUUGUUAUAGGAUUUAUCUAGUGCGCAUGGAAGAUCAACAGAAGUUAGCUGAAUUACCGGCGCCUGAAGAUUUGUCGAUUGUUUCGUACCAAGAGGCACAUCGGACGCCGAGAGGGGGUGCAUACGUCGCCGAAAUGUUCACGAGUGAAACAUUCCAAGGGGAGGUGUUUUUGGGGGAUGAUCAAGUUUUUAAUUUGACGAGUAACCAAUGUGAUGAGUGUAUUGGUUUGCGUCCGUAUAAUACACCCCGAGAGAUUAAAAAAGAUGAUAUUAAUAGUACAGUUAAUAGGGUGAGAAGGGAGGAACGGUUAAGUGACCCAUUGCCACCUUUUGAUGGCACACUUGAUAUUAGUAGUAAUUAUACUGGAUUUGUCGAGAUUAUAGUUUAUGGUAAUAGCACAAAAUCGUCGACGAUUGCGGCUUAUAGUAAUUAUUUAGUGAUGAUGAAUCCCGGGCCUGAAGUCGUAGCAGCCCCCUUGACCGGCACGUUAAGUCUAGUAGUUCAGAUUUUGUGCGGUUUGGUAAUGAUAGUGCUUCUACUAUUGGGGGCUUUAUGCAUUUUGCAUCAUUACACAAAACAAGCCCAUGCUCAAGCUGUGGAAAUCACAUUUAGGACCUCCCUCAGGCAUUUGUACAGGAGCCUACGGGGUCGUCAACGCUUAGUAUCUCUAAAUCCUCCCGAUAUGUGCCCCAUUAGCAAAGGGGAGCUCGUCUCAGCCUAUAUAGAGCGACACAGAGACUCAGAUUAUGGCUUCCAACAAGAAUUCGAAUUGCUACCUGAUAGAUUUUCCGAUCGGACGACUCGAGCGUCCGACGCAAGAGAAAAUGUUUACAAAAAUCGGUAUCCAGAUAUCAAGGCUUACGACCAGACUAGAGUCAAGUUAUCACAAAUUGAUAGUAUAGCAGGAUCCGAUUACAUAAAUGCAAACUUUGUAAUGGGGUACAAGGAACGAAAGAAAUUUAUUUGUGCACAAGGACCUAUGGAUACAACAGUGAACGAGUUUUGGAGGAUGAUUUGGGAACAACAUCUCGAACUGAUUUUAAUGCUCACUAAUUUAGAAGAAUAUAGUAAAACGAAAUGUGCGAAAUAUUGGCCUGAUAAAUGUGACGGUGAUAAGUGUUUUGGUGAUAUAACAGUUACUCAUGUACAGGAAACUAGAUACUCAGAUUAUAUAGUAAGAGAGUUAAGAAUCGCAAGAAAUGCCCCUGGGAAAGACAAGGAAGAACGACAAAUAACACAAUAUCAUUAUCUCGUCUGGAAAGAUUUCAUGGCACCGGAACAUCCAAACGGCAUUAUCAAAUUCAUAAAACGCGUCAAUGAGGCAUACUCGAUUGAGAAAGGGUGUAUUUUAAUCCAUUGUAGUGCUGGAGUUGGUAGAACUGGUACUUUAGUUGCACUAGACUGUCUAUUGCAACAGUUGAAAGAGGAGGAACAUGUAUCAAUUUUCAAUACAAUAUGCGAUUUGAGACACCAAAGAAAUUUCCUGGUUCAGUCAUUGAAACAAUACAUAUUUAUUUACCGCGCUCUAAUGGAAGUAGCUCAAUAUGGUGACACUGAAAUCAGUGCCAACGAAUUGAAAGUGACAGUAGACAAAUUAAGACAAUGUGAUAAAGACAAAGCGAAAUGUAAAUUAGAGGAGGAGUUUGAAAAUAUACUAAACGCUUUUGAGGACCGUAAAUCAUGCUCUGUUGCGAAAGGUGAUGAAAAUCGGGAAAAAAAUCGAUCAGACGUAGUCAUUCCAUAUGAUAGAAACAGGGUUAUAUUAACCCCACUAUCGGGCAAGGAACAUUCCACUUACAUAAAUGCAUCAUUUAUCGAAGGUUACGACAAUACCGAAUCGUUUAUUAUAACACAAGAUCCGACAGAAUCGACCAUUAAUGAUUUUUGGAGAAUGAUCUCCGAGCAAGGAAUUAGUGUUAUUGUUAUGUUGUCAGAAUUAGGCGAAAAUAAAUGUCCCCGAUAUUGGCCGGAUGAAGACGAAGGGACUUACGACCACAUUACUGUCAGAUACGAACAAGCAGAAAGUUGUCCUUAUUACACAAGACGCGAAAUGUACAUCAAAAGUCGCGAUUGUGAAGAUCAGAGAGUCAUACAUUUGCAGUAUCAUGGAUGGCCCACUGUUGACGGCGAGGUGCCCGAGGUGACGAGAGGGUUGACUGAGCUCGUCGACCAGUCGCAGUCGGCUUUGGUCCACAAUGACUGUUCGCCCUCUAUGGUGGUCCAUUGUAGUUUAGGGUCGGAUAGGAGUUCAAUGUUUGUCGGACUGACGAUUCUUGUCCAACAAUUACGGACUGAAAAACGUGUCGACGUGUUUACAGUAACGCGAAAAUUGCGUUCGCAAAGAAACGGACUUAUAAGUUCAUACGCGCAGUAUGAAUUUCUACAUCGAGCUAUUGUAAAUUAUGCAGAAUUGCACGGACUUUGUGACUAAUAUGUUAUUCUUGGUGCCAUAUGAGUUUUUUAUAUUCCAUUUGAAAGAAUUCCACAAUUGAUAAUCUUACUAUUUAGAUAUUUUUAUAAGUAACAUGAAGAAUUGUAAGUCGUUUUUUAUAUAUUUGUUUCUAGUUGAAAGCCAAAAUAGUUUUUAUUUUAAUUGAAAAACCAAAGUUUGUGGUCUCGUUUAGGAAAUUAUUGUCGAAUUUAGAUUAAGGACAAGCAGCUUUGCUCAAAUAUGAUUGUGUCUAAUCACAAAUCAGUUGCAUCACACGGGAAAAUCGGUGUUUAAGUGAUCUCCAUUUUGGUAGAUAGUCGAUAGUGUAGUGAUUUUUGAAGUGUUGCGUGCAACUGAAACACAAAUUUGUUUAUGUAAGCAAUAAAUGGGGGAUUAUUUUCACACUUGUGCUUUUUAACGGAUUAUUUAUUGACACUUCACUGAAAUUUUAUUAUAGGAAAAUAAUACUGAUAUAGCCUGCUUAAUAUUGUAGUGCUUUUGUUUACUAAAUGUACUGUGUAAAAACUAAAAUAUUUUAACAUUGUGUAUGUCAGUUUGUAUGUCAUAAAAUUUGUGUGUAUAUACUUUAAGAUCAUUUGCUCUUUGUAUUUAGGAAACAAAAUUAAGACUGUACAUGCAUCUAUUGCAAUGAAGAUAUUUAUUUAUUAUAUACAUUCUUUUAUUUGUUCUCUCAGUUUUUAUGCUACUUUUUUCAAUGAGUAAAACAAAUAUAAUUUCAUGCGUA